AUGGAUACAAUAUCAUCAGCACCACCUCCAUCAUCAGAAUCUACACUAAAUAGUAUAAUUACUUCGUCUUUAAAUCCAAUACAGACAACAUCAGAUAGUAGUAAUGGUAAUAUUAAAGUUAUAGAUAGCAGUAAUAGCAUAGAUGAUUUAACGUCAACAUCAAUAACCUGCAAUACAACUACAGAUACCAUAACAAAAACAACAACAACAACAACAACAACUGGCAAAACAAUAGAAGAGACUAUCAUUAAAACUGAAGAAAAUAUUACAAUAAAAACAAAAUGGAACGGUAAAGAAUAUAAAGUAUUAAUUAAUAAAAGCAGUACAGUGUUCGAGUUAAAGAGACAGUUAGAAACAAUGACAAAUGUAUUAUCAAAAAGACAAAAAAUAUUGGGGUUAUCAAAAGGUAAACAACCAACUGAUGAUAUGGUAAUUGGGACAUUAUCAAUUCAAGACGGCCACAGUGUGAUUAUGAUGGGUACUCCAGAAUCAAAUAUUAUUGCAGAAACACCAAAGGAUAUAGAUGACGAAGUAUUUAAUGAUUUCGAAUUUGAUUAUAUCCCGGACUCUGAUGAAAUCUCUCACAUUGAAAAGAACAAAAUUCAAUUAAAUGAAAUGAAGUUGAGAUGUGGUGACAUCUCUUUAAUUAAUGAACCAAGACCAAAUAAAAAGCUUUUAGUUUUAGAUUUAGACCAUACAAUUUUAGACUUCAAAGAUCAAGAUGUGGAAAAUAUGAAAAGACCUCAUUUAGAAGAGUUUUUAGUUCAGUCAUAUCAAAACUAUGACAUUGGUAUUUGGUCACAAACAAGUUGGAAAUGGAUUGAAAUUAAAUUAACAGAGUUGGGAUUAUUGACAAAUCCAAAAUUCAAAAUAUGUUUUGUAAUGGAUCAAACUUUAAUGUUUAAAGUAACAUCCUAUCGUAAUGUUAAUGGUAAAGAAAGAACUAAAAUCAAACAUCAAGUUAAAGCUUUAGAAAUCAUUUGGACUCAUAAACACCUUGGAAAAUUUUUUACCUCAAAAAACACUCUUCAUGUUGAUGAUUUAAGUAAAAAUUUUGCAAUGAACCCAAAAAAUGGAGUUCAUGUACCACCAUUCAAAAUUAAAGACGCAAAAAAGUAUGGUGAUAGUGUGCUUUUUCAUUUAACAAAGUAUUUGAAUAAUAUUUCAAGUGAAGAGGAUUUCACCAAAAUUGAUCAUAAAGAAUGGAUUAGAAAGAUUCUCUAG